UAACACUGCUGCGUACAGUUGAUACAGCACUUUGCCAUAAAAACGAAAUUUGUUGUAGUUGUUGUAGUGGCCAAUACGCGGCAAAAGAAGAAAACUGGAUUUGUCGUAAACAACUUGAAGGGAAACAAGGAGGUGGAACGCGAAAACAACCCAACAACCCAUUCGCGAAAUCAUAACAUUCGGACGCCAACAUGGUGAAGGUGGGAAAAAAGAAAGUGGUCGAGGAGCUGAGCCGCAAAAAAAUCAAAAACGGAGCCGACACCGAUGAGGACGGUAAAAAGCAGACAGUGGAGCCAGUGGAGCGGGCCACCCGUCGUAGCUCCAACGCUGACACCGGAUCUUCGGGAUCGAUCUCUACCGCAUCAUCCGCGGCACGUAAGAAAAACGCACAAAAGCGCAAAGCCAAGUCGACCGAUCGUUCCGGCUCCGAAGACAGUGAUGAUCUUCCCCUGAACGGCCGGGCAUCCGCAUCCGCAAAUGCCAAAGAUGAUGAUUCUCGUGCCGCCACGCCGGCCAAGAAACGCAAGCAAACCAAGCAGGCAGCCGCCACAAAGGCGCCAGAAAAAGCGCCUGAAAAAGCAUCGUCAAGCAAGAACGGAAAAAAAUCCGCCAAGCCGGCAGGUGAUAAGGAAGUGGCCGCCAAUGACUCCAAACCCGAUGGCGGUGAAGAUGAGUUCGAGGUGGAAGCCAUUGUGGGACACAAGACUGUGCGCGGCGUCUCCUAUUUCCAGGUACGCUGGAAGGGAUACGACAAGAGUGAGGAUACCUGGGAGCCGGAGGCUGAUCUCAACUGCAAGGAUCUAAUUGCAAAAUUCAAAGCCAAGGAGACAAAGCAAGAAAAUACCAAAGUCAAAGCCGGAAAGGGUCCCAAACCGGCAGCCAAGAAGGCUGGCACUGGCACUAAGGGACGUGCUUCGUCUGCCAAUACUGCUGCUGCUGCAGGUGGCAAAAAAUCAUCAGCCACAUCCGAUGAUCCAGAAAAGGAAUGGGUCGUUGAACGUAUCAUUGAUUAUGUGGAUGAUGAAAAGGAUGGUGGCCUGUAUCGUAUCAGGUGGAAGGGAUUUGGACGCAAAGACGAUACCUGGGAGCCGGAGUCGAAUCUGUCGUGCGAGGAUCUGAUUGAGAAGUUCAAGCGCAAAAUGGAGAGCCAGGCCAAUGUUGAUGCCAAGUUUCUGCGCGAAUCGCCAAAGAAGACAAAGCGGCUGGUGAACGAAUGCUACCCGAGAACCAACUUCCAUAAUCGCAUUGAGCGCACCUCGAAGCGGGCCGCCGCCAAGAAUCGAAUUUUCUAUGGAGAGGACUGAGUAUGGGUCAACUCCCCGGUCGACGCUCCUCUUCAAAAAAAAAAAAAAUAAAAUAACUAAGAAGGACAACUAAAUGGGCCGCGCUCCUCCAGAAAGUAGGGACUUAGUGAUCCGUAGUUUUUUUUUUUGUUUUUGUUUUAUUUUUUUAAAUAUUUUGAUUUAUUUUUUGUUUUUGUUUAUGUUUAGCAAACGAUGGCACGCAGGCGUUGCUCGCGCAGGGGAGGACCAUCAGAGUCGUAGAUUAUUCGGCCGGAAUUAAAUACCCACACACCACACAUACACCAUAAAUUUAAAAACAAAAAAAAACAGAAAAAAAACCGAGAAACUGAAUUCAGUUUUUCAAUAGCAUCUAAGUGAUCGGCAGCACCAUAUAUAUUCGGUAUUAUAUCUGGUUGUGCUGCUAUCAGCCAGCGUUCUAGUUCGUAAGAGGCCACCUAAUCGUAGGAAACCUUAAAAAAAAAAAAAAGUGUCCCAAAAAAAAAGUAUAAGAAAAAAUUACAUUAAUUUAUAAGAUACGAUUCCUUUAAAUGGAAUCCUUCUUAUGCAUCAAAUCAACUUCAAUAUAUAUAUAUAUCCUCGAUGAAAAAUGGAUAUUCUUGACUAUUUCUAGUUGAUCUUUUAUUA